CCGGUGGCGCUUUAGAGCAGAGCCGCGGAGGGAAGAGAAAGUUCAGUGUUCUCCAGAGAUGCGUCUGGACUCGGACGCGGAGCUGCGGAGCGACUGCGCAGAAUGCGCCGAGGACCGCGAGUGAAAACGCAGGAUCAAGAACGUCUUCUGUUCCUGUCCUCAAGCCUCUGCGUGCAUCAGCUCUGUUCCUUUUUUUUUUAUUCGUGUCGUGAAUGAUCACAGGAGAUAGUGCUCUAUUGACACUUUCACACGCGCUCACGUGGACUAAUGUCCUUUUUUUUCUUAAUCUCAUCUCAUGAAAACAUCUGCACCGGACUAUAAAUUAGAAUAGAAAAACAUCUCAGUGGAGACUUUCAUUCACAAAACUCUACCAUGGAGAGUUCUGCAUUAAAGAUCUUCGUUUCUCUAUGGUGCCAGCUCGUGAUUGCAGCUUACAGUCUGGAGAUAAGUUCUUAUGACUUUGAGAGAGGGAGGCCAGCUAAAUGUGAGCAAAUCACCAUUCCGAUGUGCCAGGGCAUUGGAUAUAACAUGACCCGGAUGCCCAAUCUUUUGGACCAUGAAAAUCAGAAGGAGGCAGAGAUCAAGCUGAAUGAAUUUGCCCCACUGGUGGAGUACGGCUGUGACUUCCAUUUGCGUUUUUUCCUCUGCUCUCUGUUUGCGCCCAUGUGCGCGGAUGAGGUGUCCACAUCCAUCCCGGCCUGCAGACCCAUGUGUGAACAGGCACGUCAGAAGUGCUCACCUAUUAUGGAGAAGUUUAACUACGCAUGGCCUGAUUCUUUGAACUGCUCCAAACUGCCUACUGGGAACAACCCAAAUGCACUGUGUAUGGAAGCACCAGAGAACGACACCAAACCAGAGCCUAAGAAAGGAGAGGGAAUGCUUCCUGUUCCUCCACGACCCAAACAGCCUGGGUCGGGAACUGGGCGUUCAGGAGGACACGUGGGGGUCUGUGAGAACCCAGAGAAAUUUCAGUAUGUGGAGAAGAGUGAGUCGUGUGCUCCUCGGUGCUCCUCAGCCGUCGAUGUGUUCUGGUCCAGACAGGACAAGGACUUUGCUUUCAUCUGGAUGGCUGUGUGGUCCACUUUGUGUUUUGUGUCCACAGCUUUCACAGUCCUCACCUUCCUCUUGGAUCCUCAUCGCUUCCAGUAUCCUGAGAGGCCCAUCAUAUUCCUUUCUAUGUGCUAUAAUGUUUACUCUGUAGCCUUCAUCAUCCGCUCAGUAGCUGGGGCAGAGAACAUUGCCUGUGACCGUGAGAAUGGUGAGCUCUAUAUUAUCCAAGAGGGGCUCGAGAGCACGGGCUGCACCAUAGUUUUCCUUAUUCUGUAUUAUUUCGGUAUGGCCAGUUCAAUCUGGUGGGUCAUUCUCACACUCACUUGGUUCCUGGCUGCAGGAAAAAAAUGGGGCCAUGAAGCCAUUGAGUCUCACAGCAGCUACUUUCACAUGGCUGCCUGGGGCAUCCCUGCACUAAAGACUAUAGUCAUCCUCACAAUGAGGAAGGUGGCAGGCGAUGAGUUGACAGGGCUGUGCUACGUGGGCAGCAUGGACGUGGGGGCACUAACAGGCUUCGUCCUAGUGCCGCUGUCCUGCUACCUGGUCAUCGGAACAUCGUUCAUCCUCACUGGUUUCGUUGCACUUUUCCACAUUCGGAAGGUGAUGAAAACCGAAGGCACUAACACGGAAAAGCUUGAGAAGCUAAUGGUGAAGAUAGGCAUCUACUCCAUCCUCUACACUGUUCCUGCGACUUGCGUCAUCAUCUGCUACUUCUACGAGCGCCUCAAUAUGGACUACUGGAAAUUCAGAGGUCUGGAGAACAAGUGUACUACCUAUCCGGGUCGAAGGAACGAGGACUGCAGUCUGGAAACGUCCGUGCCCACAGUCGCCGUGUUCAUGUUAAAGAUCUUCAUGUCGCUGGUGGUCGGAAUCACCAGUGGUGUGUGGGUGUGGAGCUCUAAGACCUUGCAGACCUGGCAAGGGCUUUGCAGCCGGAAACUAGCAGACAGGACUAGCAGGAAGCACUGCAGUGGAGGGAGCUGCAGUAGCAGCCACUGUCAUUACAAAGCCCCAGCCGUGGUAAUGCACAUGUCCAAGACGGACCCUUACUCAGACUGCCCCACACAUGUAUGAGAUGAACUCAAGCGUGUGUUUGUGUGUGUGUGUGUGUGGAGCUCCACUCGGUUAAAAUGGAGAGAGUGACCUCAUCAGUAAUGUACUCUAUGGACUUCUACUACUCUUCCCUGUGUGAAUGACAGUGUUUGAGAACAAGCGUAAAAACAUUUUAGUGAACGUUGAGCAAAAAUGGACAAAGAAACGUUGCAGCAUUUCACUAAAGAAUGGACUGAUAAUCAGUGUUUUAAUCAGGGACAAUUAAAGGGAUUUAUUAUUGCUUUUCUCUAGCAGUGCAAAAAAAAAACUCAAAUCGAACCUGUUAUGCAGUUCUUUAUCUGUUGCACACAAAGAAACGUGUAUGGAGGUAUGAGUAUGAGAUGUUCUUUUCCACAUUUAGCUCCGUUCGUGGCAUUUAUGUAUAUAUAUAUAUUUUUUAAAAGUUUUCAUAGUUCUUAUUUAUUGUGUAUAUAUUUAAUUUAGUUUGGUCUUGGUCUUUUCAAGGAAUGGCCUGGAUCUCUUUGUAAACAAGUUAUAUUGAUGGGCCAAAUGAAGAAAAAGUGCCUUUUUUUGAAAAUGAGAUAUUAAAUUAUAUUAUAUUUUCUA